GUUUGUUUUCCGACGGGUUAAACGAUUUUCUUUAAGGAACAAUCACUCAUAAGGACCAACAAACAAAUAAAUAAUAAACAGACGUAAAGACGAACAGGAUGCAAACCUCUGUAACCACAUACAAUAUAUUACACCUCACUUGCACACUAGCUGCUUUGCGUGGAUUAUGGUUCUUGUGGCGUUGCCGGCGUCGUCGUCCUCCCCCGCACCGUGUCGUAAUGGUACAGUCCACUGAGAGGUUUGGACGCGACUCGGGGAGCGGAGCAGGAAUCUGAACUCAGCACGAGUCUGCUAUGUGUCCAAAGGCGCUGACAUGAAAAUCCGAAAAGAACCCAGAAUACAUCAAGGACAUGAAAAAAUCAAAAGUUCCUGGAUACAUAUCACCGCUACACAGCGUCUAAAACCUGAACAGUUUCUGUAUUGGAGGUGAAUUUUGUCCGGCGCGAGACAAGUAGGCUGUUGGAGAUUGAACUUUUUGUGCUUGAACACAGGAAUGAGUGCCGUCAGUUCUGGAGCUGGACACAGCGGAGGCUUCACGGCGGGUAUGUGACAUUGAGAGUCGUUUGAACAGGUCCCUGUGCAAUUUGCAUAUUGCUUUUGGCUUCUUUCUGUAACUACGUAAGACAAAAAAAAGUGUGCCGAAAAUAAGUGGAAGGAAUGAAAGAAAGUGUCCACCGGAAAUCCAGGUAAACACACAAGGUGUAAGGUUCAGACUUCUCUGAAUUUGUGCAAGCGUUAGUUUCAGUGCAGCGGUACUUUUCUUGACACAGUGUACAGCCGGGCAGAAAUGCGUGCAGGAGCCUCGCUGCGUUUGCUGCUAGUGAAGGAGAAUCAGGCCAGGCGGCGCGUCUCCACUCCCUGUGUGGUGCUUUUCCUUACAUGCUUUGGCACUGCUGCGUCUCUGGAAUGCCCUCACAAAUGCGUGUGCACAGACACUACAGUACAGUGCACACGCCUGAACUUAACAUCCGUCCCACAGCCAAUUCCCGUCAACACAACAAACCUUCUCCUUACUGGAAAUGAUAUUUCCCAUCUAUCUGACAAGUCCUUUCCUGUUCGCCUGGACUAUUUGGCAGAGCUUUAUCUGUCUGAAAACCGAAUAGAGCAAGUGGACCCUGGGGCGUUUUACAACUUGCCAAGACUGCGUUUGCUUGACCUGAGCAACAACCAAAUCUUCAAUUUUAGCCCUGAUGCUUUUCCACAGAACAACAUGGUCCAGGUCGUGAACCUGAGCAGAUCGUUGUAUAAUUUCUCCUACGCUGAUGUUUUUUCUAAUCUUCUAAAGCUCUCCGUUCCUAAACUAUCCAAUCUCAGCUUGGCAAACAAUGACCUUGUCGUCCUUCCAGAUGACAUGUUUAUCAGCUUAUCUGACCUCACUACCUUGGAUCUGAGAAACAAUUCACUAGUUUCGAUUAAGAACGUGACUUUCCAAAACCAAGCACUUAUUAGUUUGGACCUGCGGAACAAUGCUCUGAAAAAGCUGUCUAAUGGGACGUUGAAGGAGUUCAACCAGAUACCUGGGCUUCAGGUGUACCUGCUGGAAAACCAGUGGGUUUGUGACUGCAACAUUGAGGACAUGGUGAUGUGGUUACAGAGCUCAGAUGUUGUUGUGGACAAGCAGAACUUGACCUGCACUCAUCCUGAAAAAUUGAGAACCACUCAGCUCUUGCAGUUGAAGCAUUCAGAGCUGCCGUGCACUGACUUUGGAAACAUGGAGGCUACCCUAGAGACCUCAUAUGUCUUUUUGGGUAUGGUGUUGGCCCUCAUUGGGGUCAUAUUCCUGCUAGUCCUUUACCUGAACAGAAAAGGCAUCAAGAGAUGGAUUUAUAAUAUCCGUGAUGCAUGCAGGGACCACAUGGAGGGCUACCAUUACAGGUAUGAGAUCAACUCGGAUCCACGCCUGGCCAACCUCAGUCUUAACUCGGAUGUGUAAGGAGGUGUGGCUCUUGGUUGAAGAUAGGGAAAAGUGUUUCCCACAUUUACGCACAGUGACUCAGCUCUACAUUUGUAUAGUUUUCACAAGCUUAUACCGUAAUAUGCAUUUUGCCAUGCCAGAUAGAUUAACUGGCAUCUGCCUCGGUACACGCCGCAUGCUAUGUUAUGGUGUGUCUUGUUUAGAUGUUGUUCAAUGCUUGCAUGAAUCAAGAACUCAUAAAGGUACAUAAGUGUUUCUUCUUCUAAAAAAAAAUCUACACGUGAUUUUGGGACAGUGUGAAGUAUGAUGCAAGGAUCUUUCUAAUGGAUGCAAGUUUUGCUUGCAAAAUGACUGAAAUGAAGAAUUAUACAUGUCUUAAAUCUCAUUAAUGCUUGACUUUUUCCCUUGAAUAAUAAGUUACCAUGUUUGCAUGUGUUUAUGUACUUUUACAGUGGUUAUAAUAUCAUACAACUUGCAUAUAAUGAUCACAGCUGUCCAUUUUUAUAUUCACAUUUGUUCCAUGGACAUGGCUCAACUUUUCUUAUGAAUAUAUUCUGCUGAAUAAAAAGGUCUUGCGUUGAGCCCUCAUCUCCCCUCCGGUGCUUUGAACUCCAGAGAGGAAUCCAAAGCUGCUGGAACAGGAGCAGGGAUUAGGCAUAUUCUCUCUCUCUCUCUCUCUCUCUCUCUCUCUCUCUCUCUCUCUUUCACACACACAUACACACACACACACACACAUACACACACACACACACACAGACCCAAACAUGCACACAGACACAGAUACAUCUGUACAAAUACAUGAACAUCAAUUCCAAUUCAGCAUUAUGUGUUAUUAUAAUAUAAACAGUUAUCAUUUUAUGUAAAAUUUGUAAUUGGUUCAUUCUGUUUUGUACCCUGUAUAUUAUUAGUAAUGUGUAUAGAUUGAAGGCCUGCGAUGUAACUACAGACCUAUAAUUUUAUAAGACAUGCUACCCGAAUAAUAUUUGGCCGUUACCAGAGCAGGUAGACACAGUGGAACUGGAGCUGCUUCCUGAAAUAGACUUAAUAGCCAGCAUUUUACUGGUGUUUUAUUUACAGUUCCUAUAUAUAUUUUCAGCAUCCCUGUAACAGCUUUUGUUUAGGCAUGGGGGAAGAGUGGAUAUGUUCGAAAAACAGUCCUUAAGGGUUUGACUGAUCAUUGAAUCUAAAUUUUCAUCUUAUUUCCACAUUUGUAUGUAAGCCCUUGACGUGGCUAGUGUUAGUAAUGGACACUGAUGCACAGCUCGUGUUUCAGCCACUAUCCAGAUACAGAAUAAAAUUUUAUAAACAUGCAUAACUAUAUAUAUAUUUUUUUAUUGAAAUACUCACACAGUAUUAAAGCUUAGUGGAUAAAUAAUUUAUUGGAUUUCAGUUUCCCCAAUUUUAAAUUUACUUUUAAAAUUUGCAUUUUAAAUUUGCAAUCCUGUCAAUAAUUUUAUUUAAAUCACACCACACCAUUCCAAAACUAGACUCAGAAUUCAUAUGCUCCUAAUAGUGUGUAAACAGUAAAACAUAUCUGAACAGUAAAACAUAGCAGUGAAGGAUUUGUUAUUAAAUAAAAUGAAAUGCAUUUGGUUGUGAUCAAGAAGGAGUAUAGUGGGUGCUCUUUUAAUAAUACAUUUUUUAGCUCAUUUCACCAUUUCUUAAAUGUGGCCUCUAGGUGAAGUAAAUGUGUCCAGUUAUGUCAUCUCAUAAAUGUAUAGAGAUAAGUAUAAGGGUGAGUAAUCUGGAGAUGAAUUGUACCCAAAAUUUACAAAAAAAAAGGUAAUAAAAUCACCAAGAUAAAAUCAGGCAAACAGGGAAAACGUAAUGUAACUGCAUAAAGAGUGUUCUCAAAGGAGGUAUGUCAGUAAUAGUACAGACAACACAAAGGGGUGAACACACACAAACAUCUUGGUCUUAAAUUGCUCCUACUCCAUGCUCUUUAGUGGUGCACUGAAAUGUUUAUGUGACGCUUUUAACUAAAGAUAACAAUUCACUCUUUGUCAGUGCUUAGUGAUGAUUAAUACUUGAUGAGUCCUGCUUUGUCUGCUGGAUUGUUUGGACAUUGUAGAUUGGGACCACAUGUCAAGUUUAAAUGUAAUGACUGAUCCGAUGUUUUGGCAUGACUUUGGCCUAAAAGUAUUUGGGGGGGGGCAUCUAUGAUUACUCAGGCUGUGAGUCAGACCUCUUUAUUACAUGUGUUGUGUUCUUGCUGGUUUCCAGGAGUCUCCCAUAUCCUCUGUAAAGCUGGUUAAACUGUAGGCAUAACACAAUCUGCUCUGUCCAUAGUGUUAUGUUGUGGAGCACUGCCUCCUUCCCAUGCCGAAAAUGAGUGACAUUCAUGGCUUAUAGAAAUGCUGUUUUAAAGCUUGUCCCUGGAGCCACAUUCACUAACAACUGACAAAUAAGGUCAUCUGAAUAAGCUGCCAGUAGGCCCUUCAGCUUAUUCUUUGAAGAAUGCCCUAAAGCUUGUUAAAGCUUGACUCUUCGUUCUGUCUUAAAAUAUGGUGGUUAUUAUGUUCGCAUCUAUUUAUGUAUUUUUUUCACAGUGGUUUUGAUAUCCAAAUAUCAAACAUUUCAUUUGAUAAUUAUUCAAGUUCCUUGUGAAAAUGUCAAUUCAGGUCAUUUACAGUAUGUACAAGCUGACUAUAGGUCCUUCAGCUUUUUUUUUUUUUAGUACUGUACUUUUACACAACUUAAUACAAAUCUGAAUAGCACUUUAACUGACUUAUUAUUGAAAAAUCUUUUAUUUACAACAUAUCCAUGCUUACCCUCCUUCUGCAAUAUUGAUCUGUUAUUUUGUUGUUUGAUUUACUAAGUGAGCAUAAAGCCAGGUUGAUUAGUAGAGGCUGGUGGUUAUUUUAAACAAUGGCUCAUUGUGCUGAACGUAACAGUGUGGUUGAUGACCCCUUGAGACUGGAUCACUCCUUUCCCACAGGAGAGAACCUGGGCUUCCCUCUCUAGAGUCUUUACAGGUGCUCACUGUCUUCUGUUUCUACCACAACCAUUUUGACCCUGCUGCACUAGCUGUGUGGAAAGAGACAGACGGUAGACUUUUAUUAACAAGUUGGAACAGCGUAACUCGGCCAUGCUUGCCUGAGCAGGUGUAAUUAGAGGGCGAACAAUAAAGCAUUGUGUGGAAAAGUUUAGAAGUGCUGUGGAAGACACUAGAGACCGCAGUCUCCUUAUAGUGCCUAUUAAAAUUCCAAAUAGACUAAAUAAUCUUUCAGACUGUCAGUUUAUAUAAAUGCAUUUAAAAAAAAAAAUGCUUUAAACAGCUGUUUGUAGCUGUGGUUUUCUAAGCGUAAUACUGUAAGGUGAGUACGUAAGUAUUGAUGGUGGCUGAGGUAUGUAAAUGAUAAAUGCAAACGCACUAAAUGGAAAUGUAAACGCACUUAUAUAGCGCUUUUUUUUUUAACCUCAGCAGCUCUACAAAGCGCUUAACACUGGGUCUCAUUCACCCAUUCACACACACACAUACUCACACACGAAUGGCUGCAGAGCUGCCAUGCAAGGUGGUAGAUUGCCAUCGGGAGCAAAUUGGGGUUCAGUGUUUUGCCCAAACACACUUCGGCAUGUGGAGACAUGUGAGCCGGGAAUUGAACAGCCAAUCCUACGAUUAGUGGACAACCCGCUCUACCACCUGCCCCACGGCCUGGUGUAUAAAUGCUAUACUGUACAUUAUGUACAUAUACAAAAAUAAUUUGACAGUAGCCCAAAGUAAAGGUCAUUUCACACAAGGAGGAAUACAAUAAUGAUAGACGUUUCACUUUCAAUGCCUCAAAAAAUUUGCUGAUUCAAAAUUUUUACCCUUGACUCCCUUUUGAAAUGACUCACCUCAAACCAAAAUCAUUCUCAUGAGAACUUCAUUUCUCUUGCAAACAUAUGGUGAAUUGAAUUUAAAGUUUUUAAAGUUGCUGUUCUUUAUUUAUUACUGUCAGCCUACAGCAGCCCUAUUUUUAUCUUUUCCCAUUGGUAGUUACACAAGAUGCACCUGCACAGUGUAUAUAUAAAAAACAAAAAACAAUCAAGCACAACCAGGGCCAUAAAAAAAGUUUCAGAAGUUGAAAAUUUGCCAAGAAGAUGGAGCAUGAGCAUAUUGUGACCACAUAAAUACAGCCAAAUCAACACAGAGAUGGUUGUACGAACACAAAAUCAGUGGUUUGCAAUGACCACCUCAGUCUUUGGGUUUAAACCUGUGGUCUAAAUUGAAGCAGGAAGUCCACAUAUUCAAACCUGAGAAUAUAUUGUAAAAGAGCUUGAAAUGUUCUAUAUGGAGUGGUUCAAGAUCCCUUUACAAGUGUCCAAACCUGCUAGAUAUGUACAGAAAGAGGCUCAGUGCUGUUAUUUUCUGCAGGGGAGGCGUCACCAAAUAUUGUGUGUAUGUGUUGUGUAAGGGAAUCAUUUUAUUAUAAUGAUGUUUUGUACUGGGCUUUUAUUCAAUUAUUUUUAUUCACGUACUUCAUUCACUUACCCUCUCAUCCAACUGAAAGGUUAAUGAGUGAAAUAGAUCAUGAGACAAAGUUAUUUGAGACUUAAUUGGUAUUGUUCAUGUUCACUUGCCAAUUUUGUCUCGGUUAUGGGUUUGAAACCAUGUAAAAUAUCUAACCCUUUUCUGCUGCAAGGGAUUGAGGCUUGUUAUUAGGUUACCAGUGAUUUUCAUUACUGUCUCCCUCUGCAAGGCCAUGAAAACUGAGCAAAAUGGCCAAGGACAUAAGACGAAUAACCUUCAAAACGAGACAGCUAUAAUGAUUCCCAUAAAAGGACUGGGUCUAGGUGAUGGGAGUAAGUCUACUAUUUAUAUGAAAAGACCAGCUCUUUUAAACAAACAAAUAAAAAAUACUGGUCAAAAUUAAUGUCACUUAUACAAGGCAGACCCUACCCUACUGCAUACUCUACCUUGCAUGUGUAUCUGUAUUGUGGCCUUCUCAGUGGGAGAGCCUCAUUUUACCUAAUUUGGAUUUAUGAUACGACAUAUUAGUGUGCUAUUUCUUUCUUCCCCGCUGAGCUUUAUUAAACAAGCAUCCUCAGAAAUAAAGACAGAUUUGAGAUGACAUCAGUGCCACUUCAGCUGUGAAUACUUUCCCAGCCUCCACUGGGAUCAAACAAGGAGGAAAUGUGAAAAGUACUCGCUGUGAUAAUGAGCAGUGUGCUUCAUCUAUACAGAUAAAUGUCACUUUAAGACACCUAAAAUGUAAGAUAUAUCCUAAUGUACUAUAACAGCAGGUGUCUUAGAUUAGCCUUCUUCCCCAUUCCGGGUAUCUUGUUACAAACUACUACCUCACUUUCUAACUGUGCUCUACAAAGUUAUUGAUCUUUUGUUCAGGAUCAAUAACUUUAAAGUUCUGUUGUAUUUUGGUGCACAGAACAAUGCUAGUUGCAGUGUCAAUGAGCUCCCUCAGUAAACUGUUAGAGGUGACUGGAAAAAGUUCAUUACCUACUUAAGCUGAGACAAAGAUCAACUUUCCUGUACAGCUUGACUUCCAUUGUGUGAUAACGGAAUGAUAGCUAACUGAUAGCACCGAGACAAAUAGCCUGUGUGCUUUAACCCAGUCUUGUCAAGAUUGACAAGACUGGUAACUAUAACAGUGUCUCUGUUCCACUUCCUUAUCAUCUAAAUGACAUUUGGCUGUAAGCUUCUUGUUAGUUGCCCAAUAAAGAUACAGUGUUGUGACUGCUGAUCUGGAGUGGAAUUAAACAGUGUAACUAUGAACACUCACCCUCAUGGGGAAGUGGUGGCUUAACGGUUAAGGCUCUGGGUUACUGAUUGGAAGGUUGGGGGUUCCCCAGUACUGCCAGAGCAAGGGCCUUAACCCUCUCUGCUCCAGGGGCGCCGUAUCAUGGCUGACCCUGCGCUCUGACCCCAACUUGAUGGCAUGCUGGGGUAUGCGAAGAAAAGUAUUUCACUGUGCUGUAAUGUAUAUGUGACCAAUAAAGACUCAUUAUCACUCAUGAUCAUCACAGUAACCACAAUUCACUCAUUUAUUCAUUCAUUUUCCUUCCAUGUUUCCUGGUGGGGGGGUCAUGGUGGCAACAGGCUGAGAAGGUCAGCCCAGACUUCACUAUCCCCAGCCACAUUUUCCGGCUCUUUCUGGUGGAUCCCCAGACAUUUCCAAGCCAGCUGUGAUAUAUAAUCUCUUCAG